GAGCUCAAUGAAACCACGCACUCCUCUAGCUACAAACAGAUCUAGCUCCAGCUAGUUAGAUAACUUUGCAUCCACCCAGGAGAGGGAAAGUUCGAGAAUGUUCCGGUGCGGCGGCGGUGGCGGUGGCAGGGGCAAGACGGUGGCUGGGAGCACCAGCACGGGCGCUGAGCUUCCCGUCGAUGGAGCUGUGCGGGUGACAAAAGUGGACAGGAUCCAGGCUUACAACCUCGUCUCCAGGCCGUCGGUGCACCACGCCAUCGCGCCGGCGACGUCGGGGCCGGCGGAGAGCCUGGCCGUCAGUGUUGUCCGGGUAGGGGACGUCGUGGACGAAGCUGUGCGGGUGACCAAAGUGGACAGGAUCCAGGCUUACAAUCUCGUCUCCAGGCCAUCGGUGCACCACGCCAUCUCGCCGGCGGCGUCGGGGCCGGCGGAGAGCCUGGCCGUCAGUGUUGUCCGGGUAGGGGACGUCGUGGACGAAGCUGUGCGGGUGACGAAAGUGGACAGGAUCCAGGCUUACAAUCUCGUCUCCAGGCCGUCGGUGCACCACGCCAUCUCGCCGGCAGCGUCGGGGCCGGCGGAGAGCCUGCCCGUCAGGGUUGUCCGGUUCGGGGACGUCGUGGACGAAGAAUCCGACGGCCUCAUCUCGGUGACCAUCACAUAGAACUAACUACUCUCUACUAGUAAUAACUAGGCCUGUCGUGCCUUAAGCGUGUUUAACGUUUCGUCAGAGAAACAUAUGUACGCGCACCAGUGGGUUUAAGUGUAAUGGCAAUAGCACGUGGAAGGCUAUUAAUAAACUUGGAGAGAAAAAAAUGUUUUCCUCUAAAUGA